AUGCCCAUCAGCAGCCUGCGGGAGAUCACCCUGCUCCUGGGGCUCCGGCACCCCAACAUCGUGGAGCUGAAGGAGGUGGUGGUGGGGUACCAUCUGGAGAGUAUUUUCUUGGUGAUGGGAUACUGUGAGCAGGACCUGGCCAGCCUCCUUGAGAACAUGCAGACACCUUUUUCAGAGGCUCAGGUGAAGUGCAUCGUCCUGCAAGUCCUCAAGGGCCUUCAAUACCUUCAUGAGAACUACAUCAUCCACAGGGACCUGAAGGUCUCCAACCUCCUCAUGACUGACAAAGGCUGCGUGAAGAUCGCUGACUUUGGCCUGGCUCGUACCUAUGGGUUGCCACCAAAGCCCAUGACCCCCAAAGUCGUUACGCUCUGGUACCGAGCGCCCGAGCUGCUGCUGGGGAUGACGACGCAGACCACCAGCAUCGACAUGUGGUGAGGGGGGGGCCAUGCACCCGUGGCCCCCCCCGCCAGCCCCUGACCCUCCAUCCCGCAGGGUUUCUCCCGGCUGCCCCUGGUCACUCAGUACACGCUGCGGAAACAGCCCUACAACAACCUCAAGCACAAGUUCCCCUGGCUGUCAGAGGCCGGGCUGCGGCUCCUCAACUUCCUCUUCAUGUAUGAUCCCAAGAAACGGGCGACAGCAAAGGACUGCCUGGAGAGCUCCUACUUCAAGGAGAAGCCCUUGCCCUGCGAGCCAGAGCUCAUGCCCACCUUCCCCCACCACCGCAACAAGCGGGCAGCCACCAGCAGCGCGGCGACCGAGAGCCAGGCCAAGCGUGGCAAGCCCUGA